UUUAAAAGCCCGCUCCCGCCCGCCCCCCGGGUCCUCUCCUAACUACAAUAUCCGACCAAUUGAACUAACGUACCCGGCUAAACGGCAACAAGCCGAGUCCCACUUAGAUUACUUUGAUCGGACUGAAAAGUGAAAAGCUAAACAUUCUUGUCGCCGUUGGACCUGCUUGAAAGCACGGGCACAGAAAAAGAGUUUUAGGGAGAAAGUGCGACACACUUUUUUUUUUUGAGAAUGUGGCGAAGCUGAGUAACAGAGGACGAGCAGCAGCUGCGGUGGAGAGGAGACAUUUUAGGACUAACGUUACCUGCCUGCACACAGCCAAGGGAAGAGAGGAUGUUGUCUCGACUGGGUGAGCUAAUAUGGGCAGACUGGAUUUGGUUUCCUGAAGGCCACGGCUGGGCUGAUCUGAAGGACCAUGAUGGCCUUGUUUUCCCUAAAACACAGGACCUCUGGGCUACCAUACCCAUUGCCCUCUGCUUUCUGGUCCUCAGACAGAUAUUUGAGAGGACGGUAGCGACACCUCUCGCCUCCCUGUUGGGCAUCAGUGACAAGCAGCGUGUUCGUGCUCGUCCAAAUCCUGUCCUGGAGUCCUAUUUCUGCAGCACAUCAAAGCAUCCCACACAGACCUCCAUAGAGAGUUUAAGUAAACAGACGGGCUGUUCAGUGCGACAGGUCCAGAGGUGGUUCAGGCGGCGGAGAAACCAGGACCGACCCAGCAAGCUCAAAAAGUUUCAAGAAGCUUGUUGGAGAUUUACCUUUUACCUUCUUGCUUUCUUGGCUGGCCUGGCAGUCCUUAUUGACAAACCAUGGUUUUAUGAUAUGAAGCAGAUGUGGGAUGGCUUCCCGAAAAUGCCACUGUUGCCUUCACAGUACUGGUACUAUGUGAUUGAACUAGGCUUCUAUGUCUCGCUGCUUUUAAGCAUAGCAUCGGAUGUCAAACGUAAGGAUUUCAAAGAGCAGAUAAUUCACCAUGUAGCCACCAUUUCCCUCAUCAGUUUCUCAUGGCUGGUCAACUACAUCCGGGCAGGGACUUUGAUCAUGUUAGUGCAUGAUGCCUCUGACUAUUUAAUGGAGUCAGCCAAAAUGUUCAACUAUGCAGGUUGGAGGAAAACCUGCAACUUCAUCUUCACCAUGUUUGCUGCCGUUUUCAUAGUCACCCGCCUCGUAAUCCUCCCCUUCUGGAUCAUAUAUACGACGUGGGUGUACCCACUCACCCUGUACCCACCCUUCCUCGGCUUCUACUUCUUCAACGGGCUAAUGCUCGUGCUGCAGGCUCUGCACAUCUUCUGGGCUGUGCUCAUCUUGCGCAUGGUCAUCAAAUUCCUUCCAGGCAAUGAUAUCGUCGAGGACGAGAGGAGCGAUAAAGAAGAGACUGAGUCAGAAGAUGGCGACAACAGUCGCGAGCAGAGGGAAAAGUUUAAAAAUGGCUAUGUGCAGAACGGCCACCCUCUCAACAACAACCACAAUAAGAAGGACUAAAUGGACUGAGAGCUGCAGAUGAGGCUGUGUGAGGAGUGACGAUGGGCCCUCACAUGUGGUCCUCACCUGAAAGCCAAAGAUGGGAGCCUGGCAACAGGCGGUGACACACACACACACACACACACACACACACACACACACACACACACACACACACACACACACACACACACACACACACACACACACACACACACACACACACACACACACACACACACACACACACAUAUAUCUUUACCCUCCUUUCUGAAACCCUGUUAGUCCAAAGUGGAUAAUUUUUAUUUCUCUCUGGAUGACAUUAAUUUAAAAUUGAGAGUGAGAGAGACUGCGGUGAAGAACCACAAUGAUCUGCUUAGUACCUAAGCAGCAGAGUGUUACACACCUUCUCCUCUUUUUCUCUUCCCUCUGGUCUCUUUUGCUUUUUGCUAAGAGUUUGGGCUGUUGCCACAUGCCAAAUCUGCCUGCUUGUAGCUUUAUGGUUUUUUUCUGGAAGUGUUUUAUAGAAAUGCUGUGGUUAGGAUGGGCACUUCCUUCCUGCACAGUCAGUUAAAACUCUUCCAAGUAUACCAGCCUUUAAACUUGACUGAUUUUUACCUCCAAAUAACCACACCGAAGUCGGUGAUAUGGUGAGGAGCACUAAGGUGAAAGAUGUCUUUCUAUGGACCAUAACCUGAUUUAAGUCUUAUUUACUGAAGUGUCAGUUAAUAAUGAAUUUGUGCUAGUUAGUUAUUUUGGCCAGUUUGUCACUUUGGUUUUUCUAAAAUCUAUUUGUUCCAAGUAUGUUUAAAAGAAAAAGAAUUGGAGGUAAAUGUUGUUUUUAACAGUCUGGAAAAAAGUGUGAGAAAGUGCUACAUCUGCCACUUGUUGAAAUGUGCCUUGUGUGGAAGUCUGUUUUAAAUGCUUUGCCUUUUUGGGAAGCAGAAUGCACAUAAUUUUAAUGUUUUGUUUAUGCUUAAUAUGCUUUUUAGUUAUUUUUCUUUUAGAUUUUCUUUUGCUUUAAAUUUUAUUUGUUUUGAGUCCAGUUAACGAUCUAAAUUUGGGAGCAAUCUGUUAGAGUGUAACCCAAACCAAUCAGUAACUGUUUAUGAAUUCUUUAUGGGCUGAAAGAGUCAAUAGCAUUUCCAUUGAGUGUUGUUUUUCCCAUUCAUCCAAAGAUGUCCUUUAUGGUUUCCUUGGUAGAUCCCCAUUGACUAAAUAUCUUGUAAACCAUCUUAGUAAUAAUGUUUGAUUUCAAUUCAAACCUGAUUUAUUUUUUUGUUUAGAGUUCAAUUUCAUUUCAUGUUUAUUUUCAUUGUUUGCCCAAGAUUUUUCUCGUUGUCAGUGUUUUGAUUUAUUUUGUACAAAAAUAGAAAGGAAAAAUAAGUUUGAAAUCUUAUGAACAGAUGUAAAAAUGAAACACCAUGGUAUGGUUUACAUUUUGUACUACUUUGUAGUCUGCAAGUGCCUUUAUCAUUUCAAGUGUUGUCAAUUGAGAGAAAAAAGUUAUUCCUGUCCCUUUUGUCUUUAAUUUUGUCGUCUUUGUGCCCCACACUCCAUGCACUGCAACGCUCUGGGCCUCUUACCGUCGUGCCUCAGCUCACAACAACCAAUCACCUGCAGCUCCUUUUUAAUGAGCUUUGCUUCUGCAGAAAGGGGUUUUAUUCUGCAUUAUGUGUUGCUGAGAUGUAAAAUCAUAACGAUGAUGAUAAAGAUAAUUUUGAAUAACU